AUGAGCACUUUCAAGGACGAACCAGAGCGAUUAUGGAGGCCAAUCAACGCUGGACAUACCCCAAUGGAUGAGUACCGAAGACAUGUCAACAAGACCUACUCUCAAAAUCUGAAGACGACCCGUGAUCUUCACUCUUGGAGCGUGCAGCAACCUCAAGACUUUUGGAAAGACCUUUACUCGUGGCUGGACUUCAGACCAGAUCUCCCUCGACAUGUGACCAAAGCCUACGAUCCAAGCAUCCCUAUGAGUCGCAAUCCCAAGUGGUUCGAAGGCCUAGAGCUCAACUAUGCCGAGAACGCCUUGUUUGCGAAUCCGGACGAUGAUGCCGUUGCCCUGAUUGGACUGCAGGAGGACAGCGACCUCGCUUCAAACGAUCAUGAAGUCGUUACCUGGCGCCAGUUCAGAGAAAGGGUUCGAUUGACAGCUAGUGCUUUGAGGUCUUGCGGCAUUUCAAAGGGGGACAGGGUCGCAGCUCUUGUAGCGACCUCAGUCUGGGCAAUGGUAUUGUACCACGCUUCUGCGAGCAUUGGUGCCAUUUUCACAUCUAUCAGCCCAGAUCUUGGUCUUGAGGGCUGCGUGUCACGCCUCGCGCAGACGACGCCGAAGAUCCUCUUCGCAGACUCACAUACAGUCUACAAAGGCAAGAAGCUCUCAACAUCGUCCAAGGUCGACCAGAUUGUUCAACGUUUGGACCCCAAGCCGCAGACAUAUGUUGUACCGGUUAAAAACAAGGACAUAAAGCACGAGACUAUCGACCACUUUUUGGAAAAGGCUAAUCCUUCAGACAAAUUGACGUUCACGCCGGUACCCUUCAAUUAUCCCCUGAUGAUCUGCUACAGCAGUGGCACGACCGGCGCACCUAAGUGCAUCGUCCAUCAGCACGGGCUGCUCUUGCAGCUGAAGAAGAUUGCGGUCGUCCACAAUUCAACGACUCCCAAGGAUGUGAUCCUCCAAUACUCUUCAACGUCCUGGGUUGUUUUCUAUGUCAUGUGUGGAUAUUUCGCAGCAGGCGCGACCACGAUUGUCUACAACGGCUCUCCGAUGUAUCCAGAUACUACGCAGCUAUUGCGCAUCAUCAAUAAAUACCGGGUGACCUAUUUUGGCACGUCACCAAGAUACCUGCUGGAGCUGGAAAUGGCCAAGGUGAAGCCCAGCGAACAGUUCGACCUCUCUUCGUUACGAAUAGUAUACACCACAGGCGCAACUCUAUCGGCAGAGCAAUAUCGAUGGUUCUACCGAAACUUCCCCUCCCAUGUACAUCUCUGCAACACGGCUGGCGGAACCGAUACUGCUACAUCGUUAAUAGCUGCAGACCCGUGUGGACCCAUCAACGCCGGAGAGAUGCAGAUAUUCGCGCUGGGAAUGGACGUCGACAUUGCAGACCCAGAGACAGGUGGCUCGAUUAUGCAGUCUGGCGAGGCGGGCGAGAUGAUAGUUAGGAAGCCAUUUCCCAGCAUGCCUUGCUUCUUCUGGGGCGAUGAGGACGGAUCAAAGUACAGAUCGUCGUACUUCGAGCGCUUCCAGAACAUCGACGUAUGGGCACAGCACGAUUGGCUUCAGUACAAUCCGAGGACCGGAGGCUUAGUGAUGCAUGGUCGCAGUGACGGCGUGCUGAAUCCAUCUGGAAUACGCUUCGGCUCUGGCGAGAUCUAUUCAAUCGUCGAAGCACCGCCAUUCACGUCGACCAUCUCGAACACACUCUGCGUUGGACGCCGGCGACCUCAGGACAAAGACGAAGACAUGUUCCUGUUCCUGGUCAUGAUGCCUGGACACAAGUUGACGUCUGAGCUGUCGAAUUCGAUCAGACAAGCCAUCCGGACAGGGUUAUCGCCCCGUCAUGUGCCCCGAUUCAUCAUCGAGGUGCCCGAGAAUGGAAUACCGACUACGAUCAACGGCAAGAAAGUCGAAGCGACAGUCAAGCAGACUAUCAGCGGGAAGGACGUUAAGCCGAGCAAUACAGUUUCGAAUCCAGAGUCGAUAGAAUAUUUCAAACGCUUCCGCGAGCUGGAGAGGGAGCCAAGACUGGCGAAGUUGUAG